AUGCUCGCUCUUUACCUUCUACCGGCUGCGUAUCUCAUCUACAUUUCCAUCUCGGCGAUCAUUAUCCAGAGAACCACAAGGGUACCUGGGCCGUGGUACACCCACUUCACUUCCCUGGUUCUCAAGUACCAUGAGUUUUCGAAGAACCGCCGGCUUUGGAUUCAUUCGCUACACGAGCGAUAUGGCCCGGUAGUGAGACUAGCACCAAAUGAGGUGUCUUUUGCGAAUCUCGAGGGGAUGAAAGAGAUCUAUCAGAGUGGCGGGAGUGGCUAUGACAAGACCGAGUUCUACGAUCUUUUCAAGCAGUAUGGGGAACGCACAAUGUUCUCGACGUUGAAUAAGCAAGACCACGCUCAACGGAAGAAGCUGUUCGCAGAUCGAUAUGCAAUGACGAAUAUAAUGCGUUCUGAGAUCCUGAAGGGUAUCGAACAGCGGGCUGCGAGCGUGAUGGAGAAAGUCAAAGCAUCAGUCGGCCGCCACCUCGAUGUCUACGUGAUCCUGCACUGUUAUGCAUUGGACUGUGCCUCACACUUCCUAUUCAAUCCUGGCGGCACCGACACUCUCAACAACCCGUCCGAACUGCCCCUGAUGAAAGAGCUCUCUUAUCACGACAGCAUCAAACAGCGUCUCGUCCAACACUACUGGCCUCGCUUGAACAACGUCCUCAAGAAGAUCUUCUCGCCAAAGUCAGUGCCUCGAUCCAAAGACUACGUCCUCAGCCGCGCCAGUACCACCAACGAAUCCGAAACAUCCCUGAUCCACAAGCUCCAAUCCAAAUCUUCGUCCCUCAGCACCAUCCAAAUGGCCGCCGAAUGCAUGGACCACAUGGCCGCCGGCAUCGACACCACCGGCGACAGCCUCUGUUUCAUCAUGUACGAAAUCUCCUUACCCCGCUCCCAACACAUCCAGACCAAACUCCGCGCCGAGCUCCUCUCCAACCCGACCGCCCGUUUCGACGAUUUCCCCUACCUUGACGCCGUGAUCAAAGAAGGCCUACGCCUCUUCCCUCCCAUCCCCAUGAGCCACCCUCGCUACGUGCCCGGGCCCUCAGGCCGCCACAUCUCGGGCCACUACCUUCCCUCGGGCUCGAUCGUCAGCUGCCAACCGUACUCACUCCAUCUCCUCAACGCUUCGAUCUGGGGCCCGUCCGAUCCCACACACUUCGUGCCCGAGCGCUGGCUCGACGACGAGAAACGGCUUGUCGAAAUGAACCGCCUGUUCUUCUCGUUCGGUGCUGGCGGCAGGGGCUGCAUCGGUAGGAGCCUCGCCAUCACCGAGAUGAAAACGUUGCUGCGCGAGCUGUAUUUGCGGUAUACGACCGUGGUUUCGCCUGACAUGAAGGGCGAUAUGAGUAUCGAUGAUCAGAUUAUUGCGAGCAGGCCGAAGGAUCAGACUUGUUUGUUGGAGUUUGUGCCGGUGGAUUCAUGA